ACAUGACACAUGUCCUUGUUUUGCAGUGAACGAGUGAAAUGUCUGACGAUCUAUCCAGUGCAGCCAACAAGUGACCAUGAGGAUGGGCAUUUUAUUUUAUUAGACAAGUUUUUAAAGAGUUGUGUGCGGGAGAAACUGCCUUUCUGUUGUUUCCUUGCUAUAGUCUCAUUGUUUGCAGUGGCAAUACGCGUAUUAAAGGAGAGGCUUGCGACAGCGAACUAGACUCUUUUUAAGAGGGCGUUGUUUACAACGUCGUAAACUCAGUUACGAGUCCUUAAGGAAGCUGAAGUUCGAAGCAAACGUGGAUAUGAAUUGUCAUAUCCUGUUGAUAACUUCUAAUGGGUUUCUCAGAGAAGAUUGUACGUCAGGCCAGUUUAAUGUAGACGCGCCCUGGAGCUGACAGAAGACAUUUGUUAAGCAAUGGGCAGUAAAUGAAAAUAAGGAGCGUUUAUCGUUCCAGUAGUUAGUGAUGAUCCGGUUAAAAUACGCUGUGAUUUUCUAUCUUUGUUGUAUACUACUAAUAUUUUUUACAGCUUUACAGUUAUUCUUGGUGGGUUUUCACGACGUACGGAAGUCCACUGAGAAAGAAUAUGUUCAAUUGGACAACAGCGUACCGAGCAUCAGUCUGCAUGAUGUUAAAGAUCCAAUUGUACUCUGGUGGACACCAUUCACUGGUGACCUAGGAUCUGUUAAACAGUGUGGAAACAAACGAUGCUUCUUCACACAAGACAGGAGGUUUCAGAACCAUCCAUUAACAAAGGCAUUUGUUUUCUACGGUUCCCGUUUUGAUAUGUUUGAUCUUCCGUUACCACGUAAUUGGGAGAAAUACAGUUGGGCUUUAUUUCAUGAAGAAUCUCCAAAAAAUAUUCCUGCCUUUUCACAUUCAAAGGCACUUUCACUAUUUAAUAUUACUGCCACAUUUAGCAGGCACAGCCACUUUCCUUUGACUUUUCAGUACUUAAAAGAUUUGGAUGUCUUGACUGGUACAAAAUACUACUUGCCUGUAGAACUCAAAGAUGUGCUACUAGAUAAUCUCGCCCCAGUUGUGUAUGUCCAUUCAGACUGCAGUACACCACUUGAACGUGACACGUAUGUUGCAGAACUGAUGAAAUACAUUAAAGUAGAUUCGUAUGGUGCCUGCUUACAGAACAAAAAGCUGCCAGAAUAUCUUUCAGAGCCUAUCACUGGGAUGGAUGCAGAAGAUUUUUUUCACAUAUUGGCUCAGUACAAAUUUACCUUAGCAUUUGAAAAUGCAGUUUGUGAAGAUUACAUAACAGAAAAGUUGUGGAGAACACUUAUAGUUGGCUCUGUACCUGUGUAUAUGGGAUCACCUUCUGUAAUGGAUUGGUUGCCAAACAACAAUUCUGCUAUACUAGUAGAAAACUUCGGUUCUCCAAAAGAACUAGCAGAUUACUUGAAAGAAGUAAACAGAGACAAAAAGAAGUAUGAAGAAUUUCUCCAACAUAAAAUAGGCCCUGAAGGACAGAGAAUUACAAAUAAAAAACUUCAAGAAGCAAUGAUGGGGCGGGAAUGGGGUAUCGAUGGUGAUUUUGAGAGAAUGAAUAUGGUGGAUGCAUUUGAAUGUUUUGUAUGUGAAAAUAUGGAUAAAGAACCACCACUGCCACCAGUAGACAUACAUCACUACUACUGUCCACGUCCUGUUUCUCCUCUUACAAAACAAGAAAAUAAGAGCAACUUCUGGCUGGAACAGUGGUACAGCGGCAGAUGUGAAGCUGAAAUACUGCGCAAUUAUAUAGACAGCGGUGUAAUUCACUUUACAAAUGACGAGUUUAAUGACAAAAUGGAUCAAAUGUUUUUUGAUAAAAUUUGUUGAACAAAAA